AUGAAACCGUUAACUUUUGUGGGUGGUAUUGAACCGUUGAAAGCAGAGACAUGGUUACUUGAAAUAGAGAAGUUGUUUGAAGUUUUUCUCUGUACCGAGACUCAGAAGGUUUUACUGGCCACCUUUACUCUUAAAGACAAAGCUCGAAGACAGUGGUUACUAAUUCAGAAUACUAAUGAAAACAUGACAUGGGCUCGAUUCAAUGAAAUCUUUUAUGAUAAGUACUUCCUUCAGUGUUUUUGGGAUCGAAAAGUGUUUGAAUUCCAAGAACUCAAGCAAGGCAGAAUGUCCAUAGUUGAGUACGAGGCUAAGUUCACUGAGUUAGCCAGGUUUGUCCCUCACAUGGUAGAUACGGACUAUAAGAACGCCCAUAAGUUUGAAGGAGGAUUGGACUUAGACAUAUUUGAUCGAGUAGGCGUGUUGAAGUUGCCAACAUACGUAGAAGUCCUUGAUAGAUCCUUAAUGGAUGAAGCUACCCUAGCCACUAUGAAACAAAGUAAGGACCCAACAACAACAACAACAGAAUAG